AUGACAAAAACGUACGCCGGCGUAGGAUUCAUUCGCCACGAAGCCACUCUGGCCGACGGCGACGCAUAUAUGCCAACCACCCCCAGUAACUAUUCCUUAAAGCUAGGUUCACAAACUGCAUUUCAGCACACUCCGCAUAGGGGGUGUGACCAGGACGGCGUCCCUCGCCCGCUGUAUCGCCUGCGUAGGAGCGGGCACCUCCUUCUCUGGCGCUCUGUCGUUGUGGAUGAACGCAGACAGUAUAGCUGCGCAUUCCUCUGGCUCCAGUCCGCUGAGAACGUUCUGCACGAUGGUUUCGGUGAGCGUGAUUUCGUCGCCCGUAGUGAGGUAUGUGGCGAUUCUGCCCUUGACCGUCGGCCUACCGUGCUCGUCCAGGAACUCGAGUUGCUUGAGCACCUCCACCUUCGCAAUCAUCUCAUCGUAUGCGUACAGCGACUCCUCUUUGAGGUUGGCGCUGAUUUCCUCGAUUUCACGCUGGCACUCCUCCACGCGCGCCUGCACGGAAUAGUGCUUGUCCUUCAGGUGACAGUUCGUGCACUUGUUUUUCGACAACUCGUGGUAUAUGUCGCGCUGUUUGAGCACGACACCGUAAAAUUGGAGCGACGUUUGCUUGAGCUGCUUAUUGAAGGCAAGGAGUUCCAGCUUCCUGGUGUCUACCAAUUUGUGUAA